GCUAAAACAGUGUGACACAUGAACGAUGAGGAAACAGUACGCCACGCAAAAACCCACUCUCUUAUCACGACUAAUUUUAGUGUUUAGAUACUUCUGUGGAUUUUAUUAAGGCUUUGGCGAUUCCAUUUAUUAAAAAAAAUAUUUCAAUGAAUCGGAACCUGUGUUAAAGUCACCUAAGAAACUCAUGACGGACACCAAAGGAGAGGUCUGUUGUGGCUGCUCCUUCCUAGUAGACGUCCUCAUAUAAACAUGAAGCCCUACACCAAAGCAGUUUUAGAAGGGAAAAACUACAUGCAAGGUUCUUUUGUCAUCUUGAGAAGGACUUUAACCAAAAUGCCCAUCCAGCGUGUGCCACUAUUCUUGUUAGCCUGCGGAUCCUUCAAUCCCAUCACCAACCAGCACAUGAGGCUGUUUGAGCUUGCCAGAGACCACAUGCACAGCACAGGCCAGUACCAAGUGGUGGGUGGCAUCGUGUCUCCUGUUAGUGACAGCUAUGGGAAGCAAGGCCUGACACUGGCAAAGCACCGGAUUGCCAUGGCAAAGAUGGCACUCCAGAGCUCAAACUGGGUCAAAGUCGACGAAUGGGAGAGCCAGCAGGCUGACUGGACUGAAACAGUGGUCACUAUGAGGCAUCAUUAUGGUCGUAUUCUAAACGAGUAUGAACAGAGGAUACGCGAAGACUCCAGUGGAAUCAGAGGUCACUCACAAAGCAUUCCUCCUCAACUCAAGCUUCUGUGUGGAGCUGAUUUCCUGGAAACCUUCAAGAUCCCUGGCCUGUGGCGGGAUGACCACAUGGAGGAGGUGGUCGGGGGCUUUGGCUUGGUGUGUGUUAGUCGAGGCGGGCUGCAGCCCGAGCAGACGGUGCACGAAUCGGACACCCUUUGGCGUUACAGACAAAACAUCUUCCAGGUGAAAGAAUGGGUAAGGAACGAGACCAGCGCAACAGAGGUCCGGCGGGCUCUCCGACGGGGAUUGAGCGUCAAAUACCUGAUCCCAGACUCUGUAAUAGAAUACAUUGAGCAGCACAACCUCUACACCGAGGACAGCGAAAGGAGAAAUGAGGGCAUGGCUCUGAGGCCGCUCGCCAAACAAGCACAGCAGCCCUUUGAAAGUCUAGAUGAAUGACACACAUCAACACGUCUCCCAAGAGUUCCACGAGCCGAUGAUGCACCAGCUCUACAUACGUACGUAUGGAGCGUGUCUGGCCUCACGGUGCUUGGCACUUGAGCCCUUGUGAUAGUGUGGUCAGUCAUUCUGCCGGUGGGGUAGGGGGCAGCUUUCAUGCAGGCCUGGUUGCCAGCAGAGAAUCUGGGUGACUGACAAGAGUGAGCUGAUCACAAGACAUCCUUGAAGUAUGAAGUCGAUCACAGAUCCGUGCUUCUCUUCUCCCAGGGUCACGGGGAUUUAAUUUACUCUCCUGCAGUGUGGUGGAGAUUUGCACAACAAUAUCAUUGAUGUUGGACUUGAAUGGGAUUCGC